AACUACAGCAACCUGGUGUCCCUGGGGUAUCAAGACAGCAAACCCGAUAUCAUCUUCAAGUUGGAACAAGAAGAACUGUGGAUGAUGCAGGCCCAAAUCCCAAGUCAAGGCCAUCCAGAAAAAGUCUGGGAAAUUGAUGAUCAUACGGAAUGGCAUCAGGAAAAUCAAGGCAAGCUGGAAAGUGUGGCAAAAGGCUAUGAAUGUCCUGCAUUUGGAAAACUGUGUCUUCUUACUACAAAUUAUGUUUCUUCAAGACAAAAGCUUCAUAAAUAUAUCACACGUGGAAUGAGUUUUAAAUAUAAUAUAGAUUUCAAUAGUAAUUAUGCUGGAAAGAAUUCUAAAGAGUUUCGUGCAUAUAGGGAAUCAUUCCACCAUUCUAAACAUGAGCAAACUGUUAUUGGAAUAAAAUAUGGUGAAAGUAAUGAAUGUGGAAAAACUGUCAACAAGAAGUCACAACUCAUAUGCCAACAAAUGUAUAUAGGAGGAAAGCCUUUUGAAUGCAGUUUUUGUGGGAAGACCUUCAGCAGUAAGUCAUACCUUGCAGUGCAUCAGCGAACUCAUGUAGAAGAGAAACCCUACAAAUGUAAGGGAUGUGGGAAAGACUUCAGCAGCAAGUCCUACCUCACUGUCCAUCAGAGAACUCACACAGGAGAGAAACUUCAUGAAUGCAGUGAAUGUGGGAAAUCCUUCAGUUUCAAUUCACAGCUUGUUAUACAUCAGAGAAUCCACACAGGUGAGAAUCCCUAUGAAUGCUGCGAAUGUGGAAAAGUAUUCAGUAGGAAAGACCAGCUCGUUUCACACCAGAGAACUCAUUCAGGACAGAAACCCUAUGGUUGUAAUGAAUGUGGUAAGGCUUUUGGUUUGAAAUCACAGCUCAUUAUACAUCAAAGAAUUCACACAGGAGAGAAACCCUUUGAAUGUAGUGAAUGUCAGAAGGCCUUUAAUACAAAAUCAAACCUUAUGGUACAUCAGAGAACCCAUACAGGGGAGAAACCCUAUGGUUGUAGUGAAUGUGGAAAAGCCUUUACUUUCAAGUCGCAGCUCAUUGUACACCAGAGAACCCAUGCUGGGGAGAAGCCCUAUGAAUGCAGCGACUGUGGAAAAACUUUUGGUUUGAAGUCACAGCUCAUUAUACAUCAAAGAACUCAUACAGGAGAGAAACCCUUUGAAUGCAGUGACUGUAGCAAAGCCUUUAAUACAAAGUCAAACCUUAUUGUUCAUCAGAGAACUCAUACAGGGGAGAAACCCUAUGGUUGUAGUGAAUGUGGAACAGCCUUUACUUUCAAGUCGCAGCUCAUUGUACAUCAGGGAGCUCACACUGGGGUAAAACCCUAUGGAUGUAAUCAAUGUGGAAAAGCCUUUAGUUUGAAGUCACAGCUCAUUGUGCAUCAGAGAAGUCACACCGGAGUGAAACCCUAUGGAUGCAGUGAAUGUGGAAAAGCCUUCAGGAGCAAGUCAUACCUCAUUAUACAUAUGAGAACUCACACAGGAGAGAAACCACAUGAAUGCAAUGAAUGCGGGAAAUCCUUCAGUUUCAAUUCACAACUCAUUGUACAUCAGAGAAUUCACACAGGAGAAAAUCCCUAUGAAUGCAGCGAGUGUGGAAAAGCCUUUAAUAGGAAAGAUCAGCUCAUUUCUCAUCAGAGAACUCAUGCUGGAGAAAAACCUUAUGGAUGCAGUGACUGUGGGAAAGCCUUUAGUAGCAAGUCCUAUCUCAUUAUACACAUGAGAACUCAUUCAGGAGAGAAACCAUAUGAAUGUAACAAAUGUGGGAAGGCCUUCAUUUGGAAGUCACUACUCAUUGUACAUGAGCGAACUCAUGCAGGGGAAAGCCCUUAUAAAUGUAGUCAAUGUGAGAAAUCCUUCAGUGGAAAAUUACGGCUCAUUGUACAUCAGAGAAUGCACACAAGAGAGAAACCCUAUGAAUGCAGUGAAUGUGAGAAAGCUUUCAUUAGGAAAUCUCAGCUCAUUGUACAUCAGAGAACUCAUUCAGGGGAGAAACCCUAUGGAUGCAAUGAAUGUGGAAAAACCUUCUCUCAGAAAUCAAUCCUCAGUGCACAUCAGAGGACUCACACAGGAGAGAAACCCUGUAAGUGCACUGAAUGUGGGAAAGCCUUUUGUUGGAAGUCACAGCUCAUUAUGCAUCAGAGAACUCAUGCAGAUGAAAAACAUCUUGAUGAAUUAAAUGUAAGAAACUUUCUUCCAAAAGUCAAUUCAUAGGAAAUACCGGCAAAUUCUUAUAGAAGAGAAACUCUAUAAAUGAGAUCAUCUUGUUGUACACCAGACAACUAAUACUGAAUAGAAACCUAUAAAUGCACAGCAUGUGCAGGGUCACCCACAGAAAGCUGCUUUUUACACAUACCCCCCCCCGCCCCCCAGUAAAUGCACACAGGAAAGUUAUGAAUUUAGUGAACCCUGUGAAAGUUUUCAGCAUCAAGUCAUACCUUUUUUAAAGUUUGUACAGGUAAGGAACCAUAUCAGUGAAGUGAAUGUUGGAAAGUUAUUUUUUUACUGUGAUAAAAUUUGCAAAGAGGAAGUUUCACAAAGCAAGUGAAUAUAGAACACACUCCUUUGAAAUUCAUAUUAAACAGUAGGAUUUUCUUAACAGGACUUUAAUGAGAAAAUGGAAAGCCAAUGAAUGGCAGAAUUAUCAAAAUUACACAUACUUUAGGUAUCAGAAGCUCAUACCUUGGAGAAACUAUAAAUUAGGGAAAUUCUUGAUCUAGGAAAGACAAACUUCCAUUAAAAAAUUAAUAAUAUGUGAAUGAAGAGCUAUGACUAUGUCAGAUGGAGUAACAGAACGCUCGGUAGAAAGGUUCCCCUCACUGUUAUUUUGAUUAAUUUGGAAAAUAAUUUCCUUUACAAAGUAUUGUGAGGGAAAUUGUAUCCCAGAUGUUCCAAAUUGUUAGGAAAGGGUUGGAGAAAACACUCAACUAUAAAUGAUAGGCAUGUCCAAAAUAGAAUAUAAAGAUUUUUCUUUUUACUGUGUAAGUAAAUGCAAUCGGGAUAACCAGAAAUACAUCGUAAGACGUACAGGGAUAUUUAGAUGUUAUCUUCCUUUGUACUAUAUGAGUUUUGUGUAGUUUGGCAUUUUACUUGUGAAUGUCACAUAUGAGAGGUAAGUUAGAUAGAUACAUGCCAUUGCCCAGGGACUUGUACUUAGCAACAUUGUUUUUAACAAAUACAACUUGUUACUAGAAUAAUAUGAUUUAUUAAGAAUACAUUUCAAUACUACAGACCUUUUCUACUAUUUCGUACCCUUUGU